AUGAGAAUUUACGCAUGCCAUUUCUGUUCAUCGCCAGUUUAUCCUGGACAUGGGAUGAUGUUUGUGAGAAACGAUGCUAAGGAGUUUCGUUUCUGCCGUUCCAAGUGUCACAAGGCGUUCAAGCAACGUAGAAACCCACGUAAGUUGAGGUGGACCAAGGCAUUCAGAAAGGCAGCUGGUAAGGAGCUUGCGGUUGACUCUACGCUCACGUUUGCACAAAGAAGGAAUGUUCCAGUGAGAUACAACAGAGAGCUUGUGGCCACUACUUUGAAGGCUAUGAGUCGGAUUGAGGAGAUCAGACAGAGACGUGAGAGGGCCUUCUACAAGAAUAGAAUGAAGGGCAACAAGGAGAGGGACUUCUUGAGAGACAAGAAGUUGGUUGAGUCUAACCCAGAGUUGUUGAGAUUGAGAGAGGUUGAGAUGGCAAGAAGGGCAGCCAAGGAAGAGGAGAGACAGCAAAUGGAGGAUGGUGAGUCUGAGAUGGAGGACGACGACGAGAUGGACAUUGAGUCUGAGUCUGAGGCCGAGUCUGAGGCUGAAGAACAGCUCGAGAAGCAAAAGAUUCUAUUGAAGAACAAGAAGAAGAACGCAAAGAAGAUUGCGUUCUGA